AUGUGGCUGGCUGAUAAAGGGUGCGGCGACACGGUAUUAAGAGCUUGGCAAGUUGAAAAUCAUGGUACUCCAAUGUUCAAGGUGGUACAAAAACUUAAGAAAUGUAAGAAGAUGUUGAAGUCUUGGAGUAAAGAGCAUUUCAGCAAUGUUAAGAAUCAGAUUAAAAUGAAGAAGGAGGAGUUAUGGAAGGCCGAAGAGUUGGCAGCAAAUGAAGUUAGCUACGACUUGGUUGUCUCCCUAAAACGUGAGCUCAACUUUUUGCUUGAGAAAGAGAGUCAAAUGUGGAGGCAAAGGGCUAGAACACAAUGCGUGGCGAAGGGCGAUAACAAUACUAAGUAUUUUCAUGUAGUGGCAACUCAGAGAAAACGGCGAAAUUUCAUCAAAGGCAUUUGGGAGGCAGAUGAGGGUGUGAAAAGGGUUGUUACGGAUAGCAUGAAUACUGAAUUAACGAAACCUUAUAGCAGAGAGGAAGUGGAUGUUGCCAUCAAACAAAUGGCUCCUUCAAAGGCACCAGUGAGCAAUCCUGAGAAUGUUUCAGAUUUUAGACCUAUUAAUUUGUGCAAUGUGCUUUAUAAAAUUAUUAGUAAAGUUAUUGCUAACAGAUUAAAGCCUUUGCUCAACUCUAUAAUCUCAGAGGCUCAAAGUGCUUUUACUACAGAUAGGCUUAUUACUGAUAACAUUCUAAUAGCAUUCGAAUCUUUGCAUUACAUGAAAACCCAAUGCUCUGGGAAGGAGGGUUUUAUGGCCUUGAAGCUUGAUAUGAGUAAGGCCUAUGACAGGGUGGAAUGGAAGUUUCUAGAAAGAAUCCUUUUGCAAAUGGGGUUCCAAGAGUCAUGGGUGGCUAUGAUUAUGCAAUGUGUUUCAACAGUGACCUAUUCCAUUUUGCUAAAUGGAGAACCUCAGGGGUUUAUUCAACCUUCUAGGGGUUUGAGACAGGGUGAUCCUCUUUCUCCCUUUCUCUUUCUGUUUUGUGCUGAGGGGUUAAAUGCUCUCCUUUGCAAAGCUGCCGAAGAUAAUGAGAUUAGAGAUGCCUCAAGACAACAGGUGAAUUCGGCUAAAACCACUCUCUUCUUUAGCAGAAAUACCCCCGAAAAUGUUCAGCAAGAAAUCAAGGUCUUGUUGGGGGUGCCAGCCAUAAAAAAUUAUGAGAAAUAUUUGGGUUUACCAUCUUUUGUGGGGAGGCAGAAAAAAGCUUGCUUCAAUCAAAUAAAGGAGAGGAUUUGGAAUAAAAUGCAAGGGCGGAAGGAGAGGCUAUUCUCACAAGCGGGAAAGGAAGUGAUGAUCAAGGCGGUGGUCCAAUCCAUUCCUACUUACUCCAUGAGCAUGUUUCGAUUACCAUUAGGCUUGAUAAAAGACAUUGAAGCGAUGAUUUGCAAGUUUUGGUGGGGGCAUCAAGAUAAUGCAAGGAAGAUGCAAUGGGUAAAAUGGAGCACUCUUUGCUCUUCAAAAUCCCUUGGUGGUAUGGGUUUCUGGGAUCUAAGACAAUUUAACGAUGCACUGCUUGGAAAACAAGUAUGGAGGCUUUUCCAUGAGAAGGAUACUUUGCUUUACAAAGUUUUUAAAUCCAAGUAUUUUCCCAAUGGAAGUAUAUUAGAUGUGGACAUCAAUCCUCAAAGCUCUUUUGCAUGGAAGAGCAUUUUGCAGGCAAGAGAGGUGAUUUACAAGGGGGCUAGGUGGAGAGUUGGGGAUGGGUCAAGAAUAAAUAUAUGGACUAGUAGAUGGGUGGAGUCAUCUGGAGGACAGAUCCUAUCUCCUCAGCACGAUCCAUCAUUGGUGGUUGUGAAGGAUCUGUUUUUACCGGGCACGAAGAUUUGGGAUGUGGAGCUCAUAGACCAGAAUUUCUUUCCGUGGGAAGCGAAGGGUAUUAAGAGCAUUCCUGUCAGCUUACAUACAGAGGAGGACCUGCUUAUUUGGCCUAGAACACCUGAUGGUAUAUAUUCAGUGAAGAGUGCCUCUCAGCUUAUGGCAAAUGAGAUUCAGCAAGCACAAACUGAUCAGACCCUCAGUUUUCCACGUUCAAAAGUUUUUAGAAGCUUUGGAGACCUUGUUUCAUUUAUACUCACCGAUACUACCUCUAAUAUUGCUGCCCUGUUUUCCAUGGUUGCCUGGAGUAUAUGGACCCGCCGCAACAAAUUAGGAGCAAAAGAGCAAGUCUGGGAUAUGGGUGAUACGGUCAGAAAAGCCAAGGAAUUGCUACAAGAGUUUCGGGAUGUGCAGCGUUCUUCCACAAGGCCAGUGGUUCCACGUGAGGUGGUACGUUGGAAGCCCCCUUCUGCAGGUUUGUUCAAGAUCAACUUUGAUGGUGCUAUCUUUGAGAACAUGGACCUUGCUGGCUUGGGGGUUGUCGCCAGGACGAGCAUGGGAUGA